AUGCCCUCUGGUCAGGGCGACUACAUCAACAUCCCCGAUGGAAAAGCUGGCGACCAUGAGCGAGUGCCGUGGUACUGGCGUUUCAUAGCCAUGACUGCCUCCUGGAUGGUUUUAGGCGGCUACUUAAUAUUGCCAGGCUUGUAUGCCAAGAAUGCAGAGCUGAGAUUCAGUACUGCUCGGGGGUACUCAUUCACUGCGCUGUUGUGCUUCGCUUGUCGCAAUGACGAGUUUCAGGCAGAGAAUGUCUUUGUACCAGCGCUUGCCUCAUCCAUUUUUGGCCUUGUCGUCAUUCUCUACAACUUCCUCGCCACGAAUAGCUAUGAUUGGAGCACCGCCGCAACGAGUGCUACCGUCCUCAGCGGUUUUGCGACAGUCUUGUAUGGAGGCUUGCUCUGGUGGAAACGACGUAUCAUUGCGAGAAGGCGCAAAUCAGCCUCACAACGAUCGAACUUAUACUCAGAACAGUCGUUCUACACAAAUUACAUUCCAAACAUGUACCCGACCGCUAUUCGUACGGAAUCGCAACCACCACCGCCGCUCCCCGGCAACGACGACGAUCCCGUCAACCAACAGAUGCGACUGUUGAUGCUGCGAGACGCUAGACCAAGCCCCGAUGCAAACAGCUCGACGUUCAGGAUAGAUCUUCCCGAGGAUACAGAGCAGCGGGAACGACAUGAAAGAAGCCAGGAGCUAGUUGGAACACCACAGCAAUCGCAUACACCAUGGACUCGAGAUCGCGCAAAUAGUAGGCCAGAUAGUCUGGGUGAGAAUCAAGCCUGGCGGCAAUUGCAGGAUCGGGGUCGACCACAACACCGCCCUUCGAGUAGCGAUCUACGUAGCAACCAUUCGAGAGGACUGAGUAGAGAGGAACGAAGACGCGAAAUCGAGCUCGGUCAAGUCUAAAUGGUGAGAAUACGCACAUUCUGUGCGACGGCGUUUCAAUAUUGGUGUUCCUGGAGUUGGUAUUGCCAAACUCGGCAUGCCCUGCGGGUUCGGCGCCUGUGGGUUUAAUCUGAUUUGAAGACGUGUAUGUUACGACGAUUGUCGAUGCUGGAGAUGAUAUCCUGCGCGCUUCGGCGCGCUGUAGUACUACCUUACCAUCCAAAUACAACAAUUAGCCGCUUGACAUUGGUGAUCCUACAAAGGACCUCAUGGACUUGGUGUCAACAUUCUCAUCAUCAUCAUCAUUUGAAAAGUGCUCAA